GAGCCGCAGCGGGGCGCUGUCGGGUAAUAAAGGUUAAGCCAAACUGCCACUUGAAGUACUAGCGAACAACAAAAGCUUUUCCCAACUAGCGUUGUAAUUUACCCUACAAUAAGGGGGCAAACUGCUUCCAUCUGGUGUGUGCGGAUGCAGAUGGACGUCAGGGCCCGUCGCUGACGCCCGGAAACCACACGCUCCUCCUCCUCUUCUUCAUCCUCUUGGUCCUCAUCACCCGUCACCCUGGCAAUGUCAAGAGUCCCGAGUCCCCCUCCCCCGGCGGAAAUGUCCAGCGGGCCUGUGGCCGAAAGCUGGUGCUACACACAGAUUAAAGUGGUGAAGUUCUCUUACAUGUGGACCAUUAACAACUUCAGCUUUUGUCGUGAGGAGAUGGGGGAGGUCAUCAAGAGCUCCACGUUCUCCUCAGGGGCCAACGACAAACUGAAAUGGUGUUUGCGUGUGAAUCCCAAGGGUCUAGAUGAGGAGAGCAAAGAUUACUUGUCUCUCUACCUGCUGCUGGUCAGCUGUCCAAAGUCAGAAGUGCGCGCAAAAUUUAAGUUCUCCAUCCUCAACGCCAAAGGAGAGGAGACCAAAGCCAUGGAAAGCCAGCGGGCCUAUCGCUUCGUUCAGGGGAAGGACUGGGGCUUUAAAAAAUUCAUCCGGAGAGAUUUCCUCCUGGAUGAAGCCAACGGUCUGUUACCAGAUGAUAAGCUCACGCUCUUCUGUGAGGUUAGUGUGGUGCAGGACUCGGUUAACAUAUCCGGUCAGAACACGAUGAACAUGGUGAAGGUGCCGGACUGUCGGCUAGCGGACGAGCUCGGGGGUCUCUGGGAGAACUCCCGCUUCACAGACUGCUCCCUGUGUGUGGCCGGCCAGGAGUUUCAGGCCCACAAAGCCAUCCUAGCAGCACGUUCGCCCGUCUUCAGCGCCAUGUUUGAGCACGAGAUGGAAGAAAGCAAAAAGAACCGCGUUGAGAUCAAUGACGUUGAGCCUGAAGUUUUCAAGGAGAUGAUGUGCUUCAUCUACACAGACAAAGCGCCAAACCUGGACAAGAUGGCCGACGACCUGCUGGCAGCAGCUGACAAGUACGCCUUGGAGAGACUUAAAGUCAUGUGUGAGGACGCGCUCUGCACCAGUCUGUCCGUGGAGAACGCCGCCGACAUCCUCAUCCUCGCCGAUCUGCAUAGCGCCGACCAGCUUAAAACCCAGGCAGUCGACUUCAUCAACUACCACGCUGCAGAAGUGAUGGAAACAACAGGCUGGAAGUCUAUGGUUGCUUCCCAUCCGCAUCUGGUGGCAGAAGCGUACCGCUCCCUUGCUUCUGCCCAGUGCCCUUUCCUCGGACCCCCCCGCAAACGCCUCAAACAGUCUUAACACCCCUCCCUGUCAGCAGAGCCGUCUACAUUCAUGCUUGCACACAUGAACACACAGAAAAACACCCAGGUUCUAAACCCACAGGGACAACCUUCUCCCGCGCCGAUGCCUCUCCUGGAACUCCCUUCCAUGCAGAACCCUCACCGUUUGUAGUUUCUCUAAAAGAAGAGGAUAAGAUGGAAGGGAUGGAUUUACGAAAACAGAAAACGACCAUCUCCCUUUUCCCCCUAAACUCUGACUUAGUGAGGUCUUUGUCCUUGGACGUCCUGCUCCCUCCUGCGUUGGAGUCCAUCUUGGUGGAGGAACUGGAAACUCGUAAAAGUGGAGAUCUAAAUCUCUAAGGGGCAGGACAAAGUGGACCUACAAACUAGAACCCCCCAAGAAAGACAACCAAGGGCUAUACUAAAGGCAGAGAUAGGACAAAAAAAAACUUUCUCAGACAAAGUCGGGGAAACAUUGCACUAAAGUCACAGGUCACCCCUUGCCAACCCUUACCAGCAGUAAUGCAGAAAUACUGUAGGCAAGCACACGAACUUCAGACCCAGCUGGACCACCUCCAACAAAUACCCUUUAAGAUGAUCUAUCAGAAAGUGAAACGCGUACUCCUGCUUAGAACUGUCCAACUACGUCUCUUUUUAUUUUUGAAAUAGCUAGAAACGGUGGCAUAAAGAGGAAAAAUUACAAAAGCGGACGUCAUCGUAUUCUGUGUGUGGAUCUGUUUCGAGCUCCUUAAAGGAACAUUUGAAAACCACCUGGGGGGUCAACCAUCACAACCCCCACCAGGAGACAACAAAGGGAGAAAAAAAACGGUUGCAAAAACAUUCAAGCUCAGUUCAGGCAUGUCGAUGUGGUGACAGGUUUCAUAUUGUUCUUUUUCCAUAGGAGUUUGUACAGACACUUGUUUUAGAGGCUGUCCAACAGAUGCGUUUUUAUUGGAAAAAAACAAAAAAGGAGCGGAGGGUUUUCUUUGCAGGCUUGAAGACUGAAGGAAAAUUAAAUUUAAAUGAACACGUUUUAAUGUUCAGUACAUAUAUGUGGGGGGAGGAGAUGUAGAACUGUAAAGGCAAACCACACAAAAAAACAAUUUGAGGUUAUUAUUUUAACCUGGUGGAAAAUGGUAAUCGAUAGAAGGAACCAUUGUUGUUUAUUUCCUGUAGAUAUUUUUGAUUUUAAGAAGUGACACUUAGUUGUUGCCAUUUUUUGUUCCCGAAAAAAUAAACCACAACUAUUUUGUAUUGAA